GACCAGAGGCAAAGUCGUAGACUCUAAACAUUCAAAUCUUACAACAUUUAUUUUAAUUUUGUUACUAAAGAAAUUUAUAGGGAAGUGAGUCAUUAAUACAUAGGUGUAGAAGAAUUUAACAACACUGAAGGCUUUGAUAUACUUGCCUCAAUUUUUAUGCUGGUUUUAGAUUUUGUUAGUGAUGGAGCUGAAGUUGUGGCUUUCGUUUCUGAUGGUUUGCGGGAUCCCUGAAGUUCAGUCUGCAUCCAACCAAUGGUUAAUAAAGGUGCCAUCAAACAUCCCUGCUCUUCAGGGCUCAUGUGUGGUCAUUCCCUGUGUCUACACUUACCCCAAGACCAAGAAAAUCUUGAACAGAUGGGUAGGAUUCUGGAAGAGAGGGGAGAUGAUCGUAUCAACAAAUCUCCCUAAGAUCAAACUUACGCAGGAGUUCAGAAAACGAACCAAACUCAUGGGAAACCUUCGAAGCGGCAACUGUACCAUGAGGAUAAGUAGUGUCAGGACCACUGAUGUUGGCCCUUUUUACCUCAGGAUUGAGAUUCCACAGCACAAAAGCUUCACCUUUUCAACAAAUACUGUAACCAUUGAUGUCUCAAAGACUCCUGAGCCUCCGACCAUGUCUCUUGACGUCCUUGAUAAAGUGAAGGCCACCUGCACCGUUUCCCACACCUGUCCAACAUCUCCUCCUAGAUUCUACUGGAGUCGCUCCGGAAAACAGAAAAUGAGGUCCAAACGGCUUAAUGACUUUAUGUGGACAACAGAAUCAACCCUUAUGUUUGUGCCUUUGCCCUCGGAUUUUAACCAGCCUUUAAACUGUACAGUAGUGUACUCAGGGAAAAAGAGUGCACAGAGCUCUAUGAUUCUCUUCAGGUAGAGGACCUAGAUUCAAUUUCACUGUUUAGGUCCAAUAAAAAUCAAGAACUUAAUUAGACCAACAUUUUCAUAAUUUUCUGCCAUUAUGGCAAAAUGAUUCUGCUGAACAAAUUCUGAACUAAUGAAAACUACAAAUAAACCGCAUUUAGAGAGACCAUUAAUUGGCAUUGUUGCAUACUUCAAUUCAUAUUACCUUUGAAGAUCGGGUUUUUCAGCACCUAACUCUUUUGCCUGUGUUAGGGGGACAUAAUUUAGGAUUUUUUUUCCCUAGUCUUGUGUGAUUUUGUAAAAUGCUUUAGAGUUUAAUAAAUCAUAUAUAGCUCAAAUUGUUAAUUUUUCAUAAAAUAUCUCAAAUAAACUUGUAUAUAAUAUCACUCUC